GACUAAACAGCUGUCUCACUUUGCUUUCUGCGUGUCUGACGAGGCGAGAACCCCAAAGGUACUGACACCUUCAUCAUCAUCCUCUUCAUCCUCCUCCUCUUCCACCUCGUCGUGGUGCCGCAGCAGCCAAAGCGGCGAGUGCGUCCUGCAGCAGCAGCAGCAACAACAGCAGCAGUAACGGCACCUGUCUAUUUUUUUUCCCAGGACGGGCUUUUUUUAUAACUGUCUUAGGAGUGAAAACAAGGUAGAAACACCGCCGCAGAACCGUAAAUGCCGAUGGCUCCAUGUGUAGACAUUUGCGCCGGUGAAAAUUAGGCAUCGAGCCCUUGAUGAAGCACGGUGACGCUGUGGGGAGCAUUUUUAGUGCAUCCCUUUGAAAACACACAGGCACACACACACACACGAAGAUAGCGAGGAGCCUUUUGGAUGCAAACACUUCACAGGGGACGAUGAGAGGCUUCCUGCUGACUGCAAUCUUUCUGUUGCCCUUGGUGGCCUCCGAGUCUGGGCACUGCGUAAUAAAGCGUGAACAUGAUAAAUGCAUGGAGAGGAUCGCAAUGCACAAAUCAGAUGGAGAAGAAUAUGCAUGUGAUUGGAUGUGGGACAAUCUUACCUGCUGGCAAGCAGCCAAUGUUGGGGAGGUUGUGGAGGUUAACUGUCCGGAGCUCCUUCAUGACUACACGGUACCUGAAGAUGAAAUGGGGAAGGUCAGUCGCAACUGUACUGAGUACGGAUGGUCAGAGCCUUUUCCUCACUAUGCGGAAGUCUGUUUCUUCUAUGACAACACUACCAAACUUGAUCCAUACUACGCAUCAGUCAAAGCCCUCUACACAGUCGGCUACAGCACGUCGCUUGUGUCUCUGACCACAGCCAUGGUUAUUCUCUGCAGGUUCAGAAAGCUCCACUGCACCAGGAACUUUAUUCACAUGAAUCUGUUUGUGUCCUUCAUCUUGAGAGCCAUCUCAGUCUUCAUCAAGGACGGCGUGUUGUACGCUCAGGAAGACAGCGACCAUUGCUUCGUGGACACAGUGGCAUGUAAAGCAGUGAUGGUUUUCUUCCAUUACUGUGUCAUGUCCAACUAUUUCUGGCUGUUCAUUGAAGGUCUGUAUCUCUUCACUCUGCUGGUGGAGACUUUCUUUCCCGAGAGACGCUACUUCUACUGGUAUACCAUUGUUGGGUGGGGAACUCCCACAAUUUGUGUGACUGUCUGGGCUGUUCUGAGGCUCCAUUUUCAUGACACUGGAUGCUGGGAUACGAAUGAGAACACUGCCCUCUGGUGGGUGAUCAAAGGACCUGUGGUGGCAUCUAUAAUGAUCAAUUUCGUCCUCUUCAUUGGAAUAAUCGUGAUCCUGGUCCAGAAGCUGCAGUCGCCUGAUAUCGGAGGAAAUGAAUCGAGCAUUUACCUGCGUCUGGCACGCUCCACCCUCCUCCUCAUCCCUCUCUUUGGUAUUCACUACACCGUGUUCGCCUUCUCGCCUGAAGAUGUCAGCAAGAGGGAGAGGCUUGUGUUCGAGCUGGGCCUUGGAUCCUUCCAGGGCUUUGUGGUGGCUGUCCUCUACUGUUUCCUCAAUGGAGAGUUUCUCCCUGAAGGUGCAAUCGGAGAUCAAGAGGAAAUGGCGCAGCUGGACGGUGAACCGGUACUUUGCUGUGGACCUGAAGCAGCAGAGGCAUCCUUCGUUGGCCAGCAGUGGAGUGAACGGCGGGACUCAGCUAUCGAUCCUCAGCAAGAGCAGCUCGCAGAUACGCAUGUCGAGCCCGCUGGCGGAGAACGCCAACAUCAGCCUCCCGACCUGAGCAUCUGAUUGGCUAGAAUCAACUUCAAGGUGCCGUUCCACUUACCUACAUCAGACCAACCAGAGCAGACCAAAGUGGCCCCUCAAACCUCUUGCAUGUAGUUAAUUAACCUUGAGAAAAUGAAUCUUUCUGAAAACAUUUACUGGAGACUUUAUGUCUUUAUAAUUUAAUAUUGAAGUAAUAUAUUUAAUUUAUCUCACUACCUUAGACUACAUUAGGUUGCAUUUUUUUACGAUUUAUGAGUUAAAAUUAAUAUUUUUGCAUAACUUAAAUUACAUUUUAUUGAUUUAAAGUCUCUUUAUAUAAUAUUUUCCCCUUUUAUUGUUUUAUUUACAUUCAAAUAGGAGAUGGUGCCACAAGACACACUACUAAAAUAAUAAUAAUAAUAAUACAUUUUAAGAAAUAAAUAGCUGGAUAUAAAGUAUGGGGUCAUAUUUGGCUGUUGGUGUAAAGUAAAUGUGCUUCAAAGUGCCACACUGGUUGCCUGACUGGAUUUCAUUACAGCCCAAAGUUAAAUAUCAACCAAACGUUCGCCUUGCUUGUAAAAAAUGCUCAUUGUUUAAAUGUUUUGUCUUGAAUUUAAACAUUUUCUACUUUCAGCCGUAAGUACAGAGUAUGUCAAAAUAUAACUUAUAUAUAAAGAAAAAAAAACAACUCAUGGAUUGUGUAAAUAGUGACUUUUAGUGUCUAGAUCAGAAUUUCUUUAUUUAGGAUAACACAGUAUUGUUAUGACCUUUUCAAAUAAAAGGAACUGGAGCCCAGAUCUGUAGACUACAUCCCAUAUCCAGAGGACCCAGAAGAUCCUGCCCACUCUAUUCUGGACUAUUUUUUGUAUGAAAUGAAAAAUAAAAACACAUACAGUAUAUAUAAAAGAGAUGUGAACGAGCAGUGUUUCUCAACCUUGGGAAUCGCAAGAUUAGAUUGAAUUAGAGGGACUGUGAGAUGUUAGCUAUAAUGUGGACAUUGAUAUUGGUUUGUUUUUCCUUCUAGUUCCUCAUCUUGAUGCUUAAAAUAAGCAGUCUGUCCUCACAGAUUGUGAUGAUGGGUUUUGAGUUGACUUAGUUUUGUUUUAAGGGGUUACAGAUCAGAAAGGUUGGGAACCACUGACCUACUAUCUGAACCAACUAGAGCCUUUAGCCGCUCUACUAGUGGAGCUCGAGUCUCCUUUUCCCUUUUCAGACAGAUUUUUUUGCAGACUGUGAACAUAAACAGUACAUGUGCUAUAUAGUGGAUGCUUUCACCCAAAGCUCUUCAUAGUGCCAUGAGUUUAAAUGUACAUCAUUUUAUUGUAGGGGAGAGAAUCCCACUGUCAACAUGCUCUUAAACAUACCAGGUUUCAUUGUCUCUUGAUCUCUUUCCUCCGAGCUUGAGACCAUUGUGCCAUAAUAAAUUGUUCCUACUCUAAUUUUAACCAUCCUACACUCAUAUUCCAAAGUGCCUAGUCGGUCACAAAUAGCUAUCAUUUUUACAUUUUUACAGGUAAUCUAAAGGUGCAGCGAGUCAUUUCAAAGAAUGUACAGAGUGGUGGAUUUUAGUGUGGAUUGAAAAAAAUAUGCUUUUUUCCAUUGUGUGUCUCAAAACUUUAUUGGUGAAUUUCUCAUCAUUGUCAGUUUAUUAACUUACACAUAGUGUAAAAAGAGUCCUGCUGAGUAGUUUUCCAUAAUUUUUAUUUAUUUAAUUUAUCUCUUGGUUUACAACCAUGAUGUAUCUACAACACUUCUUUUUAGCAGCAACGUGAAACAUAAAUGGCUUCAAAACAAAAAAUAAACAACAAGUGGUGUAACAGUCAACAUUAAAUGCUUUAAUGUGACAGCUCUUGACAAUCGCUGAUUUUUGCUCAUUUUUCUGUUUUGUUUGUGCAACAAACAGGCUGAGAAACAAUAAUUGUACAAGUGGGGAAAUUAAUUAAUAGAAUAAAAUGUGAAAUGAUGUAAACAAAAAGAAUUUUUUCACCAUAUUUAUUUUAUGUACCGUCAUAGUUGGAUUGUAAGAAUGUAGUAUCUUUGAACAAUGAAUUGAUGAUACUUUACAGAUAAGGAUGUAUAUUUAUUUUCCAUGAAAUGGUGCCAUGUAAAGUGACUAUAUGUACAGUAUACAUGCUUUUUUGUGCAUAAAACAUAGUUGUGGUUCUAAUGUAUGAUUUCAUUAUUUUGAGUGAUGUGGCGUUCUUGGUCUAAGUGCCAUAAAUGUAGUGUCAUAAGAAGUGAGAGUGGGAGAUGCAUAACAAAGUCUCUCAUUCUAGAGAAAGACAAAAAACACAAGAAUCAGAUGCAACCUCUGAAAAGUAACAUUAUAUCAAAUGCAUCAUCUUUGCAGCUUGUGGACAGUAGAGUGAGGAAAACAGACAGGGGAGAUGAUUUUAUUCAAAUAGAUUUUUAGAGGUGGAACAACUGCAACAGACAAAACACAAAGUGUGUAAGAGAGUGUGACUUUAAACACAAACACUCUGCUGCUGCUUAAGUGUUUCUAUCACCAGCCGUCAUUCUGAGUGUUAAACAGCUCAGAUGUAAACGACCAUGUCUCAAAGCUGUUACUGUAUGUGAAAAAAAGAAGAGUAAAAAUGACUCCUUGACCAUUUCUGUGCUGUGUAUUUGUCUACCACAGGGUGGCAGUAAAAUGUUACGGAGAGUGGGAAAAUUUGACAGGCACUGUUUUGCUCAUGUUUAGAAAUGUAGGAUAGGGGAUAGAGAUGCUUAUAUCCCAUAUUUUUAUUCUCUUUUACAUUUGUUUUUUUGACAAGCCCAACAUUUUGAUGUCCAUACUAAAACUUAAAUUAACAUUGUUUUGUUUUUUCAAUGUAAAAAUCUGUGUUUUUUUGUCAUGCCAUAUCUCGAAUUCCUCCCCUUCACUUUAGUGAACUGUGAACUGUGUGAGUUUUUAAACAUACUGUGAGAUUAGAGGAAAUCUGGAGAAUUUGUUUUGAUUCUUAGCACUACAGGAAAACUGAGCAUUGUAGCUUUUAGCUAAAUUUUGGCUAAAAGAGACCACACUGCUUUUUCACAAACCUCUUCUUGCAUUUAUUUUAGAAUUAUUAUAACAAACUAAUGUAUCAAAGAGAAACCCUGAUUUUUAAAAAAAUAUUAUAUAGAGAGAUAUAUAAAAGAUUAAUAACACGCUUACAUCUGUAUGCUAGAAAAAGAAGCUACAUCCAGUGAUUAGGGAAACAGCUAGCCUCUGAUCCUCAUUUAACUCCCUAUUUUAUGCCCAGACCAAAAAUACAAUAUGUAUAAUUUAUGAAUAAUCCUAAAAGGCUGUUUCCCAUACCUAGUAGAUUUCUACUAGCUGGAAGUGACUUUUUACAAGAAGAGAUUCCCCCCUUAGCUAAAUAAGCUACCUGAACAGCAAGCUAAUAUCUUGUCUUUUUGCCAGCAUUUUUAGCAUCAAUCUCAUUUAACUUUCUGAAAAAAAAAAAAAAAAAAAAAAAAUAAAUGAGUGUUUCUAAAUCUGAUAAAAAAAAAUAUUUUGACUGUAAUUAUUCUAUGUGGCAUAUCUCUGUGUUAAGAUGCUGUUACUUUGGCGGUUGUGCUUGUUGAGCCGGUUUUAUGACGUUUUGAGUGUGUGUUAAGUCUUGGUUGCCAAUGAACUGAAUGUACUGUUGUCGCUCAGCUGCUCUUAAAUGUUGCCUGCUAUAAAUUUGCCAUAGUGUACAAAUGAUGUCUUUUCUUUAUCAUGUAUGCAUACUUUUGGCACACAGGUGGACCUCUUGACUAAGACCUGUAGUGUUUGUGGCUGUGAUUUUGUACAUUUCUUUAUGUACCAGUUUUCAGUGUGUGUGUGUGUGUGUGUGUGUGCGUGCGUCUGUGUUUGAAAGUUGGAGACUGUAAUCUGUAUGCAUGUGUAUGUAAUGACAAGCAUUUAGAUAUAUGUAAAUUCUCAGUUUAAUAAAGAAAAAAUAUCUAUGAACUUUCAUCAAAGUUAAGUUCUACCUGUGACAGUGUGCCAUGUGUAACAAGCAUUCUGGUGUCCAACAUUCAUGUCUCCAGUUGUGUAAAAUUGACUGCAAAAUAAACUUGUCGGUGGUAA